AUGGUUACCUAUAACAUCUCCUCUCCUGGAUUUUCACCUCAUCCCUCCUGGAACACCACCAGUUUAGUUCCUGCAGUGGUGCUGUCCAUCUGCUUUCUGCUGGGAUUCCCUGGAAACAUUGCUGUCAUCAUUGUCAAGCCAAACUGGGAGAACAUGUCCAGUCUGAGCCAGAGUUUGAUGCUGAACCUGGCUGUGUCAGACCUGCUCUGCUUGGUUACCCUUCCAAUAUGGACUUACUAUUUUGUCCGUGGUUGGAUCUUUGGCCUGGUGUUCUGCAAACUCAUAACAUACUUUGUUUAUUGCAGCAUUUAUGGAAGUCUGCUGACUGUGACUUUGCUGAGCAUCCAGCGUUACCUUCAAGUUGUGCAGCUUGAGAGGACUUUGCCUCAGUGGUGCUGUCAAUCUGCUUCCUGCUGGGAUUCCCUGGAAACAUCGCUGUCAUGUUUCCUGGUUUCUUGCAAACUCAUAAUGUACUUUGUGUAUUGCAGCAUUUUCAGCAGCCUGCUGACUGUGACUGCGCUGAGUGUCCAGCGAUACCUUCAGGCAGUGUACCUUGAGAGGAGGUUACAUGAAGUUAAAGCAUGGAAGCUGCUGGUUCCACUCUGGCUGGUUGUGAUCAUCCUGUCCACUCCUGGGCAGAGGAUGGCUGUGGUGUUGACAGAGACUCUUGUAGGAACUGUGUCACUGUGUGCCAUUGUUUUUUCAUACAUCAGUCUCUACAGAAAAGUAAAUCAGGCACCCUUUUUCAACAAUCCACGGACCACCAGACUGAUUACCAGCAUCGCUGUGACCUUUGUUGUCUUGUGGAUCCCAUAUCGUACCGUAACUGUGCUGGGUGUGGCAGCUAUUUACUCAAAUGAUGAGAGCCUGCAGAAGAUUUUUGAAGACAGCUGGCGCAUUCUUGGAUCAGUAACAUUUAUAAAUAGUGCCGUGAAUCCACUCCUGUAUGCCUUUACUUCUAAGCGUUUGGGCACCUGGUGCCAAAAAGUUGUUCAACAGUUAAUAUAG